CGCAACAGUUGAGUUUAUUUAUCAACGCGCAUUUCGCGAUUAUGCGUUGAAUUUAUUUAUUAGCCAAGACGAUAUAUUCACUGAGCCCUCAGUACUCGAGAGUCAACGAUAGUAAUACGAGAGAUUCACACGCAAUAAUAAAUUCGUGGAGGUAAUGCCAAUCAGCGAUAAACAUUUUUGUCACAAAGGACAUAGAGUGAGGGGAGGGCAAUACUAGUUUUAUCACCUCGAGGGCGAUUUGGGUGAUUACAUGCGACCGAUUGGUUUAUUCUGAAAUUACCGGGUUUUAAAGCUAGUGAUAUAUGUACAACGAAUCAACAGCGAGUCGGUAAAGACUCAAUUAAAUUGCAAUUUUGUCUCGGGUAAAUGGGACGCCAGUGGUCGAUGACUCCAUAAUAAUUUGGACUAUUGUGAGUGGGGAAAAUGUAAUGACGCCGGCUUUAAACGCUCUUUACUCUGAUAUCAAUUUGUUUAAACCUUGUUGCUGGAAUUUUAAAGUGUUUGCGAAAUACGUGAAUUAUGUCUGUGACUUCGGGGGUUGUGAAUAAAUUCCUCAAAACGCUACGGGAGAGCAACAGCAUUGCGGAAAAAUGGACUGCCCUAACCUGCAUCACCAGUCAUGCCGGGAAGGGCCUGGCACAGGCAUUGACAAGGGCUCAGUUCACCGAACUCUGCACGCAAUUGAUCAGCCUGAUCACGAGCUGUGAUCCAAAGAGUCAUAUCGAUGUGACCAAGUUAUGUAAUAUUAUUUUUAAGGAGUUUACUCGCAGUGAACCAAUUAUUUUUGAAUUGGCUUUGAAUAUUGACCGAAGCAAACGCCUCGCGUUUCUCGAUUUUCUUACGGCCGUCGAUCUUACGGUACUCGCUCACCUUUUGACAGACGAAAAUGCUAUUAAGUUCUUGGAGAGCUGCCUGGAGGGCAUCAACGUGGAGUCCAUGAAAUGGCUAGGUAAGGAUCCGACACCAGCGAACAUCGAAGUCCUAAGGAAAAUCGAAACCAGGCAAUUAGACGAUGAAGAAGAGGUGGAGCACACAUUGAUCACUAGAGUUAUGCAAUUCUUACAGAGGGUAUACACUCAGGCUUCUGGCACUCCUAACUUCAACAUUUCCCAGUUUCACAUUUUGAUUCUGGAGAAAAUAACAAUUUUGGCGUACAUGGGCUACUCGAAACAGCGAGAGCAAGCCCUGAAGUUGUUGGAGUUAGCAGUGUGCCAAGGUUUGGUUACAUACAUAAGAGAAAAGCACCCUACCGCCUGGACGGCUUUCAAAGCCAACCUCGCUGAGGUGUUCAGCCCAAGAAUGAUGCUCCUGGUCACCUACAAAUAUUCCAUCUGGUCGAGCCUCUGGUCCCUGACAAUAAAAAUGCUGGGGACAGAGGCUCACAAGAAUUCAGCUCUCAUCAACGAACUGCUCCUCGUAGAGGAGAAAGCCUUCAAAUCCUCAGAAACCGAAGUGCGAAAACAAGCCUUCCUCUGCUGGAAGUAUUUGAUCGACAAUUUCGCCCUCAACCCAGAGGAAUUCAACAUCUGGAAACGCGUGAAACUCCUGGUGAUUCCUCUAAACGCUAAGAACAGUAAAAUUGAGGUCAUAGCACUGACAAAAUUGGAGGUCUGGUGGCACCUCAUUGUCACGAUGUUCACGACCAAGACUACUGACCAUUUGCCCCAGGUGAUCAUCCAAUUCCUGAAUUUCUGCUUUGGCCCCCUAGGGGACACUCCCCUUCUCUCGAAGAAACAGAACCUGAUGGCCUCACCAGGUAAAAUAUUCUUCAAAACCAAAAUCUGCGCGAUUGAUGCACUCCUCCAAAUGAUGGUCAUCAAGGAGAGAGAUAGAGUCUUGAUAACGCCAGUUUUGAAGGAGCGCCUCCCCACAGCGAUACCCAUAAAAAUGUUCGAGGAGAAUCACAAGUCUUUCCUCCACAGCGUCUCCGAGGCAGUAAUUAUGAUGACUAAUCUUACAAACGAGGACCUUAAAAAUCGUCAAAAGCUCAUGACAAUUCUGUGGACAAAUCUGACAGAAUACAUCACUCAUUCAAACGUGGAGAAAAAACCUAACAUGUACAAAGAGCUGAUUCUCGUAACAAAUGAGAUGAUAAGCCACUCGGACGACUCCAUGAUAACUGAUCUGACUCUGAACAACAUUCUUCCAGAGCUGGUGACGAUGUCAGAUUUGCUGACGUAUCGAGACAACACUCUGAUAGACCUAGUGAAAAAGGUGGUAACACCUGCAAUUUUGGAGCGAGCCCAGAAGAAGAGUAUUGGCGAUAUUAGAGUGCUAAUGGAGCGAGCAGUAAUGCCCUUAAAUGCAGAUGCAUAUCACUCCCACAUCCUGAUAUUGACAAAGUCUCUUCUGGAGAGAAUGUCAACAGCUUUAGUAAAGAAGAUUCCUCAGUCAAACGUCAUCGAUUUGUGGUGUAUACUCGCAGAUUUGCUAACGAGAUACAUGAGGGACGAUCAACCGAUAAAUGAGGGUACAGAUCUAUCCCACAACCUCACCAGUAUGGAUACUCUAGUGAACUUUCCCUUCAAGCAUGAUAUCAUGUACACCAAAGCCCAAGUGAAGUCCGUCUCAGUAAUCUGGAGACACCUGUACAAGGCCUUUGAUCAACGAGCAGACAGAAUUCCCAGUGUUAAGCACAACCUAAUCAUGAAUACAACAGCUAAAGUGAUGGUGGAGGCUCUCUCAAGAUCUGACAAAUGCUUUGUUCUGCUGGCCCACUGCCUGACCCCCCUCAUGGAGACAGUGAACUACGAGAGGCUCCCCACAACCGGACAAGUACCAGCACUGGUGUACGUCCUUCGUGACGUCCUGAUGUUGUCUAUCAAGAACAAUUGUGCUGACGAGGCUGAACUAGCGCUGCAGUCACUGGACGCCUACCUCAUAUCAGUUUUCGGUCUCAACAAUGGCCCAAGGACGUUGCUGUACCUCGAGGCUCUGCGACCUGCUAUCGAGAUGCUAUUGCUCGAAAAACUCCCAGCGGGAAUUGAACAAGAUGUUCUCCACACCCUAGAACACAUAAUCUUUAUGAUCGAUAAGAGCGCUGAGGCCUUAACCGUGAAAUUCGUAGGUUCCUUUCGUCAGAUUCUUUUAGCAGCUCGACGCCACAAGGACCCCACCAUCUCCUCGAAUAUGGUGAAGCUCAUAGAGCUCAACCCAAACGUAAAGGACGACGUGAGAUGCUUCUUUACGAUAAUGGAGCUAGACGCAGCCAAUGUAUCUACCGAAUGUCCGGAGGUUUCGCCGUUGGAAAAUAAAUUAGUGAAACCCAUCAAGAUGGUUGGUAGCUUUCUCGGAAAAACACUGGACUCUCCGAAGACCCUCAAGACUCCAGAGGUUAAAAAAGAAAGCAAGAGGAUGACUCCACUGCCACCAGAUCCAGACUCGCAGGAUUACGUUGUUAUAACGUCUGAACCGAAGUUCGACGUCAAUAGAUUCACAGAGCAUCAGAAGGAGUGCAUGAAACGACGAAGGGAGGAUCUAGCUAUGUUCAAUGAUUCAUCCCAAUCGGCGUCGACAGACACCCAGGAUCUCGAACAGUGGUUCGAGAAGUCUAGGAUGAGAAAUGAAUCGAACAAAGAGAAUACCAUCACUAUGGCAGACGCUUCCUCGUCGUCUAAAAAAGACGAUACAAGAAAUGUCACAGUAGACUCUACCAACAGAGAAAUCCAAUUGCAGAAGAGCCCUGAGAGUGUGAUUAGUGCGGAGGAUGAUGUGGAAAAUUCUGAGGCAUCUGGAAGUGGAGUGUCUCAAGAAAUAGUGAAGAAAUUGAAUUUUGAAUCGAGGGAGGAGUUCCCAGAGAGCAAUGACGGAACCAGGGAGAAACAACCAGUACACAGAGAUCAAGGAGUCUUCCCUCAUGGAGGGAAAUCUCGACGGGGUAGGGGAGGUCGAAGCAAGAGAAACCACUUGGAAGGUUACGACACUAUGGACAGACAUAUUAAACGAAAGGCGGGUUCUGACCACGAUUCUGAUACGUCAGACCGCAAAAGGACCAAGAAAUCUGAUGAUAGUGACGCCGAGAGCAUCAACUCGAAUGAGAGUCAGCUAGGAACUCAUCAACCUCGAAGUAUGGAGCCUCCUGGUGUUGCCAGACUAUCUGAUCACGCGAGGAGGGAAAUAUCCAGGCUGAAGAUCGAUAUGGUUGCUGAUUUUGUAUUUCCAACUGUCAGUGGACGGAGGAGAUCGAAACACAAGGGGGAUGACACUGAGGAUCACCCCAAGGCCAGGUCCUUGAGAUCUGGGGAUAAGGAGAUGGUGGAGAACGAGCACAGUCAGGAGUUGUUGAAGAAACGGAGGAAACGGAGUGCCAAACCAGAUCCGGAGGUUAUCAAGAAAGAUACUCGAGAGCAGAAGAUGAAUAACAGUGCAGACUCUAAUGAUAAAUCCGAUAAAUCAGAUAAAUCCGUGGAUCCCCAUCAGGAUGAGGAGAGCACUUCAAAAUCCGAAGAUAUGAACUCUCCUGACAAACCAUCUGCAGAGAGCAGUGACCAUGACGAGGUUGUGGAGAACUCCCAAGAGCCCACGGUGCUUCGAUCUCCAAAACGACUCCCAUCAAGAACUGACACAGCAUCUCCAUCGACAUCUGGAAUUGUCACGAAGUCUCCAGCACCUGCCAGCCCCAAGGUACAAAAACCGGAAGAUCCCGACGAGACGUUUAUUGAGGAAGAAAAAAUAGAGGAGAAAACAUCCCGUGAAGAGCCAAAGAAAAUACCAGAGGACUCAUCAAAAUCCCCAGGACUGGCUUCCUUCACGUCGGUCUUGGCGUCGUCCUCACCCCAGAAUGUUCAGGGCAGGGGUAUCAAGAUAAGUAAUCGUCAUGGGAUGUCGCCCCACGGUCGUGGUGCCCACAUGCUGGGACUGAUCUCCGCAGCUUCUCUUAAUAGAGACAAAUCUGAGGAAGACAAGCGAGAGCCAGAUCCAUCCCAGAAGACUAGACCGGCGAUGUUGAGACAGACUGACAGGGUAUCGAGUCCCACAGGCAGUCGCCAGGAGAAGAUCUUUAAUAAUAUGAAGGGCAACGAGCUCCCCGCGCAAUCGCUUUUCAACACCCUGAGAAACGAUGGAGAGAAGAUCUCUCCGAAAAAGGAUAAGGCCGUAGAGCUAACUCCCACCGACCACGAUUAUGCCGAACCAAAGAUCAUCAACAACACGACAAUUGGAUCAGAGAGAGAGUUACCGAUGCUCGAAUGGUCAAGUGCAAAUCCGCCCUCCCUGACAGCCUCCCCCAGCUUCUCCAUUCUGAAACGCCACAAGUCUCUGCCCCUGGACACCGAUCCUGACAUCACACCCAAAAGAAAACGUGUGAGUUUCGCAGAUCCCCCAGUCUUCAAGGAGAUGUGGUACGUCCCCUCGACGUUUAAAACCACAAGAACUGGCAGCUUACGCUCGACUGGAAGAAAAGACACACCCCUGAAGCCAAAAGGUCGCUCUAGAAUUGCCGCAGUGGUUGAUACCUCAAUUGAGGAACUCGAGAGUCUAACUGAAGUCGAUCGCCAGCGACAGAAGGACAACGAACUCCUAGCGAAAAUAGCUGACGACCUUGAGGAGGACGAUGAGGUGAAUUUCGAUUCCGACGAUGAUGGAGAGGACAAGGGUGAGAUUGAGGACACAACGAGCCUGGAUAUGAGUAAGAACGAUGGCGAAGACUUACCUCAGAGUGAUACAACCAACAACAACUGGAGAGCCCUGGAAAAACCGAUUCUCAGUGUAACUGACGACUCUAUCCUCAACAAGAUAAUGUCUGAAGGGAAAACGAAUAAAAGUCAGGAGCUCGAGGAAACUCUGGACAUCCAAAACCUGAGUAGAUUCGAUUCAUCAGCAAAACCUGAGGAAUUAUUUGUUGGAAAGGUUCCCAGGACGAGUACACAGUUGGCAGCGAUAACAGUAGCUGCAGAGGCUGACACUCUUCCCAUCACUGAUUCCAUAUUCCUGAGCCAGACGAUGAGUCAAUGCAGUCAGGGUUCUCAGAACAGCAUAAAUAUCCCUGUUGCUGAGCAGCUAGACUCGAUCAGUGCCAUUUAUCCAGAUCUGAUUCACUGCAAGGAGCCUUUAUCCACCAUCAUCAAUGAUCUCACAAAUCCCCUGUGGAUCUCACAUCUGACUAACUGGUUCAAGGAGAGAGGUCUGAAGACCAUCGGGGAUCUCGCCACGAUGACAGAGAAAGAAGUCGCUGACAUACCCACGAAGGGAAAUCCCAAAGCCGUUUACGUCAAGGAGAUUCUUGACAAAUUCACCCGGAACAGCAUCUCAAAAGACGUUCAAGGGUUGGAAUCGACUCUAUCGAGUAUAGAUGACAAAUACUCUGGGGUUGAGCACAUGGAGAUCAUCGAGGAGACCAUCGAGGUGUCUAACGCUGAAAGAGACGACGAGGACACCCUCAGUGCCACCAGCGAAGACACCACCACAGCCUCGAUUUCCAUCAAUUCUCUGGAUAAUUCCAAGGGUCGUUUGGAGAUCGAGAGCGUACAGACCCAGGACAACGAUGAUAGCUCUAUCAUCAUCAGCACGAGCAGCUUUCCACCUGCGACAAUAUCGAGUGGAACGGAAACCAUUGGAGAUGAUUCAAUGGCGAUUUCAGUGGACGAAUCACAGGGUCCUAUCUCACAGGGAACAACACAAGGCAUUGAUGUGACGUUGCUCGAGCUGGAGGGAAAAAAUUAUAAACUGGUAGAAGUGGAUCGCGAGAUUGUUGGACAUACCCUGGAACCUGAGCAGAUCCUGGGGGCUGCACUUCGCACCAAUGACCUCGAGAGGGUCCUCACCAAGUUGCAGGAUAGAUAUGGCAGUGAUAGAGAGUUUAUCUCUAAGAUUCUCGCAUCAUGUAAGUCGAGGAUAACAGGUGAGGACGUCAGAGAGCAGUUGAAGGAGAAAUGUUCCUCGAAGGAAAUUUAUGAACUCACGUCUGAGGUCCUUGGAAAUUACAAGCAGAAGGGGGAAAACCUGGGAGACGUUUUUGGUACUCUUCUGCAAAAAAUUCCAAAGGAUUGUAUUGGAGAGGCUCUAACUGACGAAAAAGUGGUUUCUUCGGCUCUUCUUCUUGAUAUUGCUCUGGAGAGGAACAACCCAGAGGUAGUGGCAAAUACUGUGGUGACCCGAUUUCCAGGAAUCGUUGAGAAGAUACUGGAGACGAGAGGUGAAGAUAAUACUGUUGCUAUAAUAUCCCAGUCAAGGAGAAUGUCGCCUGCAGAACUGAGGAAUGUCUUCCGGGCUAUCUCCGAACAAAUGGAGGAUGAGGAACUACUGGAGGUAUCUUUUGAGGUCAUGAGGAAGAGGAUGAAGAAGUAAUUAGAAGGGUUUUCAAUUUUUGAAGUUAAUGCCAGGGAAUGUGGUCGUUUAUGGUAUUUCAGGUGGUAUUACUGUAAACUAUGACUGCGAAUUGGUUU